UUCCACCUCUUAGCUGUUGUGAAUAGUGCUGCUGUGAACACGGGUGUGCAGGUAUUUCAAGUUCUCGUUUUCAGGUGAGAUUGCUGGAUCAUACUGUCCUUUCUGUUUAAUUUUUUGAGGACCUGACAUACUGCUUUUCACAGCGGCUGCACCACUUUACAUUUCUAAAAGUGCACAAGCGUUCAAAUUCCCCCUACAUUCUCACCACCACUUGUUCUCCCAGGGUGGGGGAGGGUCCAUGGAAAGGAUAGGGUCCAAAGAACACCCCCUCCUCACACUUCUGCCCCCUCCAUGCCACGGUCCCCAGCCCAGCAAGGCUCUCCACAGAGACCACUGCCAAAAUGGCACCUCCCACUCCCGCUGGCUGGCCUGGGCUGGCCAGCCUUCAACGGGGUUGUCUCUGUCCCUUCAUGUCCCCGUUUUGACACCUCCUAGCCCGCCUCCCUUAACCUUGUCCCCGCGAAAGCGGGGCUCUGCCAGGAAGCCUUUGCUGACUUGACUUCACCCCUCCUUGACAUCCUUGCUUUCUCUAUUGCCCCCAAAUCCGAGGUGCACCCCUCAAUCCCCAAGGAGUAGGGGGUUUUCCGGAGUCUGGCAAAAGUCUUCGGAAGUGAGAGGCGAAUAGGCCCCAGGGGAUCCUGCGGGGCGGUCGCGAAGGCAACGACAGGGACCAAGGCCAUCGAGCGGCCGGAUUGGCCGAUUGGCGUUGGUCCCGCCCCCAAAGUUGCCAGGGCCCAGCCUAUCGGCGUGCAGGCGGGCCUUGGUCGCCAGGUGGUCGGGCAGGGGGCCACGGCAGGUGCGUGUGUUUGGUCGCGGCGAGGCCGGGCUGGGACCCCGCGGGACUCCCUCCAGGUCCCUCCCGCGGUGGCCGGGUCCUUGGGCGCAGCCGCGGAGAAGCCGCGCCGCCCUCCCUCCAGCACGCGCCUGCCCGCUUCUGCGCGCUCCCGGGUCCGGAUCAAACACGCGCCCGCGGCUCCCCGCUUGCAGCCCGCCGCCCCCUCCCCUCGCCCGCCCGGCGCCCGCGGCCUCCCAGCCCCACCCCAGAAGACCGGAGCAGAGCGGCGGGCGGCUGGAGCCCGAGGCAGGUGCCUGCAUCCCGCGGGGAGGCCCGGGGAGCGCGCUGGAGGCUGGCAACGGGACCCGGCCGUGAGCGUCCGGUCCUCCAUCUGGAGCCUGUGGCAUCAUACCCCUUUCUCGAGUCUGGUGGCCUGGGUCUCGGAGGGGCCGAGGGGUGCGGCAUGGACAAGAGGGACAAGGCCAGGGCUGGGGCCACCGCGCGGACGCCGGCUUCUCGCCCUCCUGGCCUUCCGACCCCCAGACCCCCAGGGUCCCCCCGACCCCCUCCCCCAGUAACCAGCGCGGCCCUCCGAGUUCUGGGAGCCGCGGGAGCUGCGGGGCGAGGGCCCCUGGCUGAGCGAGCUGGGGGCGUCCGGGCAGCCGUCGUCCCAGAGACUGCUUCCCGGGUGGGACCAACGCGGAGCGCCGGGACCGGCCCCCGGAGCCCGGCCUCCAGGCCCCCGGUGGCUGGGAGAGGGGAGCGGCCCCCUGCCAAGACCCCCAGCCCGGCCUCUGUCUCUAGCCCGGGGCGUUCCAGCGGCACCGCCAGGGGAGGCCCUCUUGGGCAGAAGGGGCUCCGGCCCCAAGCUGAGGAUGCUGCGGCCAGAGGAAAAGCCCCAGAAGCGCCCAGAAGGAGCGCCCUGAGCGCCGCGGCACGGAGAGACUUACCGGGGCCCCCUCCAGGCACCUCUUCCCCGGCCAUCUCCCGUCGGUCCCGGGCUGCGGGCGCUGAGGUGGGUCUCCCCCGAGCAGCCCCGAGUGCUCGGCCGCGGCCUCCGAACGAGGCCCCCAAGAAAUCAGUGGGCAGCGCCCCGGAGCGCAGCACAGUGGAGCCGAGCGCCGCCGCCAGAAGGCGACCCAGCGCCGGCGGGGGCCUCCAGAGGCCAGCUUCGCGCCCCCCGGCCUCCAGCGCCACUCCUCUGUCCUCUCCAGCCCGCUCUGGGGCCUCGCUCGCAGGAACACCCCGCGUUCCGGGGCAUUCUUCGCAGUCCAAGUCGAAAGGGCAGCAGGUUCUGCGCCCCCCACAGGCCACGCCCCCAAGGAGGAGCUCAGUCCCCGGGCCUCGACCCUCUACUCCUUCGACCAUACCCCCUCCGCCAGGUUUGCCCGCACAGCCGGCACCACCUCCCCUCACCACAGCCACUGGCCUGCCAGACACGCUCCCGCCCUCGCCUCCGACCACGCCCCCCUCGACACUACCCUGCCCUUUGGCCACGCCCUUUAUACUAGCCCCUCCUCCCUCAGCUACAUUCUCUCUUCAGACCCUCCCCUCCCCUCCAGCCACACCCCCUCUUCAGGCUCCACCCACACAUCAGGGUGCCUCCUUUCCGGACUUGCCCACCUCUCCUUCGGCCACUUUUCUGGUUCCAUUCUCUCCAUCAGUGGCGCCCCCUCCGCAAAGUAUGACCCCCACCCACUCUUCUGUUUUGCCCCCUCUUCCGACACCGCGUUCUCCCUUGACCACACCCACUCCGCCGUCCUUUUCCGCUUUAACCACGCCUCCUCAGCGGGAUAGUCCUUUCCUGUCUCCGCCCCCUCUUCAGACUCCGCCCUGUGCACUGGCCACGCCUCCAACGCAGGACCCUCCUCUGGCCACAUUCCCUUCGCAAGCCUCUCUGACCAGCCUCUCUCCGCAGGGUCCCCUGUGCUCUACGUCGGUCUUGCCCUCGCUGUCUCUGCAGGCUCCUCCCUCUCCCCUUGCCACGCCCCCUCUACAAAUCCCGCCUCUGGCCAUGCCUCACUCACAGACACCGUCUCCUCUGACCACACCUCUUCCAGCCCUGCCCUCUCCCCAGACUCUGCCCCCUACACAGACCCCAACACCUCUGCAGGCCAUUCCGUCUUCAGCCGAGGCCCCUCUGCAGGCUCCUCCUUCUCCUCUUACCCUGGACACGCCCCCUUACCCAGCCCCACCGUGUUUGGCCUUGCCCCCUCUUCAGGUCCCUCCCUCCUCCAUGGCCGCAUCCCCUCCUGAGGGUCCACAUUGCCUGGCCUUGCCCUCUGUGCAGUCCCCUCCCUCUCCCCCUGCCUCACCCCCUCUGCAGGUCUCUCCCCUCCCCAUGACCUCGCCUCCUCUACAGACCCCUCCUUCUCCCCCUAUGCACGUCCCUCCCUUUCGCUUGGCCACGCCCCCUCAUCAGGCCACGCCCUCCCUCCCUGCCUCAACCCCACUGCAGAUCCCUCUCUCCCCUAUGGCCACACUCCCUCCGCAGGCCCCACCUCCCUCUCCCCCUGCUUCCUCCACUCUGGAGGUCCCUCCGCAGCCCCUGGCCACGCCUCCUCCGCAGGCCCCUCCCUCUCCCCCUGCCUCCCCGACGCUGCAGGUCCCUCCGCUCCCCCUGACCACGCUCCCUUCGCAGGCCCCACCUUCCCUGGCCGCGCUCCCUUUGCAGGCAUCCCCCUCUCCGCUGGCCUCACCCCCUCUGCACGCCCCACGCCGUCCUCCGACCCCAGGUCCCGAUGCCCCGGUCUCGGGCCCGCGGCUGACCCUGGCGCUGGCCCCGGCUCCGCCGCCGCCGUCGCGCAGCCCAUCCAGCACGCUGAGCGGCCCGGACCUAGCGGGCCACAGCAGCAGCGCCACGAGCACGCCGGAGGAGCUGCGCGGCUACGACAGCGGGCCGGAGGGCGGUGCUGCUGGCUCCCCGCCCGCCGACGCCGAGCUUGCUGCCUGCCAUCCGGCCUCCUGGAGCCGCAGCCCCGCGCCGCCGCUGGCCGUUCGUGGCACCCCAGGGGCGCCGCUUCCCUGGUCUCCCGCUGCCGGGUCGGGCUCCGCCGAGGGCCUGUGUACUAUCUACGAGGCCGAAGGGCCCGAGUCGGCGCCUGCCGCCUCCGGCGUGCUGGAUCCUGGGCCUGGGUCUGGCGCGGGCGGUGGGAAGGCGGCGGCGGCGGCGGCAGCGGCGGGGGUGGUCCCGCGGGGCGCAAAGCCGGCGCGCCUGGGCGAGCUGCCGCUGGGGGCGCUGCAGGCGAGCGUCGUGCAGCACCUGCUGAGCCGGACGCUGCUGCUCGCGGCAGCCGAAGGUGCCGCGGGCGGCGACGUCGGUGGGGACCCUGGGGGCUCGGGGGCCGGUGGCGUCGGGGGCGGUGCCCGGACUGCGCUCAGCGAUGCUGAACUGGGCCGCUGGGCCGAACUGUUGUCUCCCCUGGACGAGUCCCGCGCCAGCAUCACCUCGGUCACCAGCUUCUCCCCGGACGACGUGGCUUCCCCACAGGGUGACUGGACCGUGGUGGAGGUGGAGACCUUCCACUGAGCCAGACCGUGGGCCCACUCACUCACCCCGCCCCAGCUUUAAGAUUCGCCCCUCCGAUACGCCUGUCUUAGAUCCCCUACCCUCCUCCGCCAGAGUCCUGGUCUGUGGGUCGGUCUCAGCCCCCUAGAGCCCUAGAAUUGUGGCCGAGGCUCCCGACCCACCCGCCUACGGCCAAGGUUCUGACUUCGAGCCCCGCCCCUUUGGCCUAGGACUCCCUCCCUUCCCUGGAGCCCCGCCCUCAUCGGCCUGUGCCCCGCCCCAUGUCCUGUGUUGUCAGCCGCGCGCAGCUCAGAGUUUGCAAUAAAGCCUGGAAGUUGUA